GCCACUACAGGCCCACUUCCUCCCACCAGCAGUCCAGCUCCUGAUACAGGCUCAGCGACAGUCUCUCCACGCACUGGAAUCCAGCCCUGACUUCUUAUUCGUCAAAACGAUGCUCCGCCAUCAUACAAGCGUCCUUAAGAGUGCCUGUGGAGCGCUGAUACGGGAGGGAAGCAGGACGGGCCCCACCAGGCGGGCCAAGGUAGGCUACUGGGACUGAGAACCCAUCACUCCUCCGCUGGGAAGGUGAAGUGAAGCUCGGCGGAACCAGCCUCCUUCCCACCUCAGCUCAGCCCACUGUCUCCAGGACACUGCAUGAACCAGAACCGGAGGCAGCACGAGCUCUAGUCUCUGACCUCGGGUGCUGGGACUCGAGGGCCACCCGUUCAGUCCCAAACAGAGCCCGGGCCGUGGGAACCAGGUAGAGACGCUCAGUGUGACGCCGGAACCGCCCUCAAAUGCGGACUCUCUAGGACAUCGGGAAGUUCACAAAUCGUUAGCACUUGGUCGACAUUUAUUGGCCUAAAAACGAAAGAACCGGAAGAUGACCUUAAAAAAUGUGGAGGCACUUCAGCUUCACUAAGGUGGUCUCAAUAUCGCAAGAAACCUGGCAUAGCAUUCAGCCACUGACCGGCCUUCGAAAGAUGACGCCACCCAGUACACUAACGCUCAACUUGAACUACGCUACCUGCCCUCAACUAUAAUGGCGGUGCUGUCCCAUUUGGCUUCUUUCCCCUAAAGAUGAUGGCCGCCCAGCGGCUUCAUUUCGUUUCUCACCACCCCGGAAGAAGGGUUCUAAGGAUUGGGUGACGCCGGGAGAUUGAGGGAAGAAGGCCCCUAGUGGUUGGGCAGCGCUAGGUGAGGCUGGUUUUAAAGGAGCCGGUCGUGGGAGCCGUCGAAAACUGGAGAUCUGCGGGAGGCGGCGGCUGCCGCCUGGGAUCCCCCAGGGACCCCCUGAAGCCGCAGUUUCCCCCAUGGACUUGCCUGGGGACUCCAGCCCUUCUGGCCGGCCGAGUUUGUGCCGUCAGCCCCUAACUCGAGCGUUAUGGGACGCCAGGAGCCCGAAACGACGGAGGCUGCAGCCCCAGGGGGCCCCUUCGCCCCUGGAAAAGGCCUCCCGGCGGGUCUUGGCCGUGGUGCUGGAAGAUGUCAUGGCUCCCCACAUGGCUUCCCUGACCCCACAAAAGGAGAUCUCCGUGCCAUGGGGCCACAGAAACCACCGAGAUUCUGUCUGUAACCAGUCACCCACCUCACCACCCAUUCAGGCCAAGUGGGCUUCUCAGGCCAGGCCUCCCGACUCAUUGCAUUUAUGCAGAGAGCCCUUAAGUCGAAUCCAUGGAUCCUCUUCUACCCUGAGGCGAUCCUCUUCUACCCUGAGGCGGCGAUCAAGGACAGCCCCUGGCCCCGAGGGGAUUCCUCCACAGAAGGUGGACAGGGGCCCCCAACCCACCCUGGUGGUGCUGCUGGAAGAUAUUGCUGCCCACAGGCCCAGGGCAGAGGGCUUCGUCAAUGAGAGCCCCAACUUCAUCAUCCCAGCACCAAGAGCUGAGCCUGUGGUGAUGGUUCACCAGUCAAUGCCUGUAUCCAGGGACCGAGCUCCUCCAUUCCAGCCAUCCACCCUGCCUGCAGACCACCCGGACAGCCCACCCCCAGCCCCAGAUCCUGCUCUGGAGCCCCCAUCGACCCCACCACCAUCCAGCCUUUUACGUCCCCGCCUUAGUCCCUGGGGCUUGGCUCCCCUCUUCCGCUCUGUCCGCUCCAAGCUGGAAAGUUUCGCUGACAUCUUCCUCACACCCAACAAAACCCCAGAGCCCCCACCCCCAUCCCCGCCCAUGAAGCUGGAGUUGAAGAUCGCCAUCUCAGAGGCCGAGCAGUGUGGGGCUGCUGAGGGCACUGCAUCUAUCAGCCCCCGGCCCCCUAUCCGCCAGUGGCGAGCUCAGGACCACAGUAUCCCUGCACCUCUCCCUAAACUCACUCUGGGCCGAAGCCACUCCUGCCCUGAUCUGGGCCCCCCUGGCCCAGGCACCUGCACCUGGCCCCCUUGUCCAUCCCAACCAAGCCGGCCACGGCCUCGGCGGCACACUGUGGGCGGUGGGGAGAUGGCCCAAGCCCCACCACCCCCUCUGCCCUGUCUUCGGAAAGAAGUCUUCCCUCUCGGGGGAGUAGGAGCCUCCCCUUCUCGAGCCACAUCUUGCUCGUCCACUGCGUCCACUUCUUCCUUCUCCGAACCAGCAGAACCCAGGUCGGCCUCAACCAAGGGGAAGGAGCCAAGAGCCUCAAAGGACCAGGUGCUUUCAGACCCUGAGACCAAGACUAUCGGAAAGGUUUCUGGAUUCAGAAUACGCAGGACACCCACCCGUCCUCAACUAAAUCUUACACCAAUGGGGCUGCCUCGGCCAGUCAGAUUGAACAAGAAGGAGUUCAGCUUGGAAGAAAUUUAUACUAACAAGAAUUAUCAGUCACCCACAACCAGGAGGACCUUUGAGACCAUCUUUGAGGAACCACGGGAGCGCAAUGGGACUCUGAUUUUCACCAGCUCCAGGAAGCUCCGCCGGGCUGUAGAAUUCCGGGACAGCAGCCUUCCUCGAGCCCGCCGGCCAACCCGAGGGGCUAGGGUUACUGCUGGCAGGACUGUUACUCCCAACUUAGCACCCAGCCCGGAUGUGGGGCCUCUGCUGCAGAAGCGGCUGGAGGAACUAGAUGCCUUGCUCUUGGAGGAGGAGAAAGUGGGUGGGGAGAGGCCCCAUUAGUCCUAGGAACUCUGUCCACCGUCUACCGUAGAGGGAAGGCAGUGUUUGUCCCUCCGUCUCCCUACAGAGAGGGGAAACUUCUGAAGCACUUAUAUUUUUUUCCUCUAUAUUUCUAGUAAAAUUUUCGAUAUGUUUCUGA